AGCCGCGCUCACAGUUUCGUUUCUGGUAUCAGGGCAGCGGCAGUCAGGGCGAUGGCGGGGCUGGCCGGCUCCUCGUCCGAGCCGGGUCUGGCGGCGCUGGAGGAAGAACUGACCUGCUCCAUCUGCCUCUGCCUCUUCAGCUGCCCCGUGACGGUGCCCUGCGGGCACAACUUCUGCACCUCCUGCCUGGAGCUCUCCUGGGCCGGGCUGGCGAAUAACUUCAGCUGCCCUCAGUGCCGCUUCAUCUUCCCGAGCCGCCCGCAGCUGCAGAAGAACACGGUGCUGUGCCGGGUGGUGGAGCAGCUCCAGGGCUGCGCCGGGGUCGGGGUGGAGGAGGAGAAGAAGGAGAAAGAGGAGGAGGAGGAAGCGGUGGGGUGCGGGGCAGAGACGGGCCCCGUGUACUGCGACAGCUGCCUGCGGGCACCGGCCUCGCAGACCUGCCUGACCUGCAUCGCCUCCUUCUGCCCCGAGCACCUGCGGCCGCACCAGGACAGCCCGGCCUUCCGCGACCACCAGCUCUGCCCGCCGCUCCGCCACCUGCACCGCCGCAAGUGCCCGCAGCACAACAAGCUCUUCGAGUUCUUCUGCAGCCAGCACGGCAGCUGCAUCUGCUCCCUCUGCCUCCUCGAGCACAAGCUGUGUCACACCAGUCCCCUGCAGUUGGCCAAAGCCAACGUCGAGUCGGCGCUGAAGAAGAAACUUGUGGAGCUGCAUAACCAGAGUGAGAGAGCUGCUCGGGCAAUGAACACUGUGAAAACAAACCAAAGCCAAACUGCUGAGUCAGCUUCCAGAAAGAAAGAUUUGAUCAGAAGUGAGUUUUUAGAAAUUAAAGCUUUAGUUGAAGAAAGAGAAAAUCAGAGCUUGAAAGUAAUUGCAGAUGAAGAAAAAAGAGUUUGCAAUAAGUUUGAUUAUAUUUAUGGUAUUCUGGGAAGUAAGAAGAAUGAAAUUCAGUCUCUCAGAGAUCAGAUUGAGAAGGCACUGACUGAAGAUGAUGACAUUCUGUUUUUGAAGAGAGCAGCAGUACUGCAACAAACAUCAACAAAAGAUGCUUUUGUUCCUGUAAUUGAAAUGGACCAAAACUUGAUACAUUCCGCUUAUCAGUCUGCCAUUAACCUUAAAGACACUGUGAAACAGUCAGUGACUCAGUCUAAGGAGAAAAGAGCAGAAGCAAAACUAACAUCUGGAAGAACUAAGCCCCCUCCAGCACCUUUUUCAAACAAAAUCACUGUUGGAAAGAAGCCUCCAGGACCACAGCAUACCCACAAAGAGAAAAUCCUUCACCAGACUCAAACCACUUCACAGGUGGAGGCAGAUACCAAGGAGAAAAAGAAACCCGUUAAAGUUGCACCAGCCAUGGGGACACUAAAUGCUGCAGCUGCUGUUUCAGCUAAAGAGCUUAUUGACAGCUUUCUGAAGAAAUCCAGAGAGGAGCUUUUGCAGUAUGCUGCUAACAUCACGCUGGACUACAACACAGCUCAUAACAAGGUGAUUCUGUCUGAGAAAUACACCAAGAUGUCUGUCUCAGACACCUCCCUGAAUUAUAACCACCACCCUCAGCGCUUCACCGAUUGUUCCCAAGUGCUGGGGUUCCAGUGCUUCAAGAGAGGCAUCCACUACUGGGAAGUGGAACUGCUGCAGAACAACUUCUGUGGCAUUGGCAUUUGCUACGGUAGCAUGCGCCGGCAGGGGCCAGAGAGCCGCCUGGGGCGGAACAGCAGUUCUUGGUGUAUUGAGUGGUUUAAUUCCAAGAUAUCAUCCUGGCAUAAUGACGUUGAAAAGUGCUUACCCAACGUGAAGGCUACCAAGAUUGGUGUGCUACUCCACUGCGAGGGAGGGUUUGUGAUUUUCAUGGCUGUGGGGGAGAAGCAUAACUUGAUCUAUAAAUUCAAAACCCAGUUUACUGAAGCCUUGUACCCUGCCUUCUGGUUAUUUUCCAGUGGCACUGUUCUCUCUCUCUGCCAAGUGAAACAGUAAGGUCUCAUAUCCCAAAUUAAUCUGCCUAAGUACUUACAUGCAGAUAAUCAGUCCUGCAGCAACUCUUCGUAUAUCUUAGUCUAAGAAGUCUCAGAGAUUGUUUGAGACAAAAAUUAUUAGGUCUUUUAGGCAGUUUGGGAAAUAUGCUGAUUCUAUGGUCUGAUUUGCUAAAGCCUUUAGAUAGUGAUUUAGUAAAUCGAUGAUAGUAAAAACUAUGAUGAAGGUAUUACAAAGACCUUGAUUGUCCUUCUGAAAGCAAAGUUAUGAUACGAACCAUUGUUAAAUGUUUUCAGUAGCCACUGCAGCACUACAGCAGGUUUGCUGUAAAGGAUCCCCAGAAUUAAUUUUCAGGACCAAAUGUGUUCCACAAAUAGAAAUUUGAGAAAGAAACGGGAAGAACUCUUUGACAAAUUCAGGUUCCAGGCUUUGAGGUAGGUCUCAGUGUUGCCUUUUUCCCUAUAUGCAGACUGUUGUCAAUAGUCAGGAUUUGUAAUACAUGUGUUCUCAGUGUAGAACUCCAUGAGAUGGUACAGAAUGAACUGUUAAAAUCAAUAAGUUUAGAUCUUGUGAUGCUAAGUUAUAAAAGCCAAUAUGACAAAUCUCAUCAGAAUGGAAAAGCAGAGACUUUUAGAGUUGAUGGAUAAGAAAUGGUGUCAAAAUCACCAGGAAAUAGAUGACGUUGACUUGGAGACUGGGAAUACACCAGAGAGUCUUCGGGAAGCCAUCCUGCAGAGUAGUAGUGUGUGCUCUGUAAUACUAUUGCUUGUGGGAUGAAGCAUUCUGUCUCAUGUUCUGACCCAGAACAUGCUUCACAUUUUCACACUGAAGGCUCUUCAGUGUUUUUUUUGUAUGUUGAGGAGUCCAGGGGGUGCAUUUUUGGCUUGCAUAGGAAACAUAAAUGUGCUGUUAACUUAAAGCAGUCUCCUGUCAUAAAGCUUUUCCUCUUUGGGAGGCAAGGUAUUCUCUGCUGGUGUAUCCUAAGUUGUUCAGGUGGUAGAAACUGGACUUCCUACAUGGUUUUGGGACUCUGAUUUGAGGAGUCUCAAGACAGUUUUCACAGUACCUAGAAAAUGCUGUUUUCUCUCCGCAUGAAGCCUGCGGGCAAACAGAUUAGUCUCUUGAAACAUACAGGGAAUUAGCACAAAGCAGAAUGUAUGUCCAUUCCCACGGGGAUGGAUUUUUAAUUCUCCUGGUGUUCUUUGCUUUGGGUUGUGGUACAUCUUCAGAAGUCCUCACCACCUACAGAGGCAUCUGUACUUGUGCAUUUCUUUCUUAACAACUCAAAACCAAUCAGUAGGAAAUCAAGAUAUUUGGAUUUCAUAGUUAUUGGGCCUGUAUCUUGUUGCCUCUGGGCUUACUAUGCUAACUCUUAUUUCUUAUAGUAGCCCAUGAAGAACAGGAAAGCUCACAUGAAAGAUUUCCUGGACUUUGAUUGUAAAACUCCCCCUUAUGGGACUUGGUGAAAUAAAACACAAAGCUACUGCAGGCAGUUUGGAAGGGAAUUGUUAGAAGGCUGAGAAGAACCUCUCUGACUACAUUUCAUAUUAGCCAGAGUGCUUUAGAGGGAGACUUGCAGGAAUUCAGGCUUGGUGUCUCUAUUUUGACUUGGUUUGUAAACUCUCAGUGCUUUGUCAACGAUAGCAUAAGGCUGAUAAGACACUUCCAUUUCUUUGGCCAGAAUAGGAUAUGGAAUCAAUGGUGGACCUUAAAGUGCCAUGACUGUCUCUGGAGUAGUUGUACUAUCUCAAGGGUCUCAGCUUUCCAAAGCACAGUCAGCGCUAAAACUACCAAACCAAGCAGAACACUUCAAAAGGUGCGGAAGGAGGAUGUGUCCUGCUAGCAGCCAACAAUGAAUACAAAACUGUUUUUCCUGCACUUCCAGUUUUUCAGCCGUGAGGGACAAGAGCAGUUUCCUCUGAGAAAUCCUGUCCCUACAGCUGCUUGGCUGUGCCACAGGGCUGCAGACCCACUCAGCAGGGUGCUGAAAGAGUACUCUGUCCCCUUGUUCGUGGGGAAAAAGUGCUCUGGUGGUUUGUGCAGUAGAGAAAGUCCACAUUUUCUAUGGCUUGCUUCUUGACUUUAAAGGGGUGUUUAAUAUUAACCUCUAAGUCUUUGGGUUUCUUUAGCCAUAGUCUGGAGUGAUAGUUAAGCAAAGUAAAGAAGAGCUCUUAUUCUGCCAUGUCGAACAAGGUUGGAUCAUUAAUAUUACACUGGUGUAUGAUCACCAGUAUAUAACACGUAAGAUUUUCUGGAUUACUACAGGCAGUGAAACAAGCCUGCUGUGGUAUUCCUGAAUCUCUUUUUUGUUUGUUUUCUAUUGUGCUAUGAAUGACUGGAAAUGAUAGAAUGAGGUUCUGUUAAUUUGGAAUGAAAUGAGAAUUGUGUAACUGAAUUGCUGCAAUUCUGAAAACUGUUACUUCGGUUAGCUUCAGAUAUCAUGGAUACAUUGAAACAUUGGGGUCAUAUAACGUUAAAAAAUAUUAGUUACAGCACGAUAUAACAUUAAAAAAUAUUAGUUACAGCAUGAUAAAUAAUGGUUCAAAAGCCUUUUCAAUACAGCUGGAGUGUUUUUACUCAGCCAGUAACUAUCAAAGAUGUACUAGUUUUAAACAAAACAUAGAUCCAAGCAUGCAUUUUAAGUAUACCUCUCUUUUUAAUACUAUAAAGAACCCAACUUUUCCAGUCUAGAAAAAGCACUAAUUCUGGUGUUAAUAAAGCCAUGAGGAUAUAGAAUGAUUUGCAUAUUAACGUACAAGUGAGUAAAUGGAGAAAUGCUUGCCCACUGAAAAUACAUUAAUCUGCUUAGAUUUAAUCCUUUCUUCAAUGAAACUCAUCAGUAAAAUACUGCAGUUAGAAAAGCAAAAUGCUUGUAUAAUGAUAAACCUGUUGAUUGUACUGAUAAAUCAGCCAUUUACUUCAGUAUGUAUACUCUAUUUUAUUUCAUAUAGAUGUGUCAGCUAGACAACCUUGUCAGGGCAACAGACAUAGAUUUUAUGCCAUCUGGUUUAUGUCUGUGCCUGUAACUGUUUUAGAAGUUGACUGUUGUUGAUCUUUUCAGCUGUAAUGUGAAUGAAUUGUGCUAUUUUUAAUUAAAUACUCAUGGUAAACCCUAA